UAUAAUAAAACAUACAACUCGAUGAAAAAAUAGAAUAAUAAAAGCUCCUCUCCGUUGAUUAUAGUAACGGUACCGACAGUUACAGUAACGUUAAUAGUAACGGGAGAGGCGGUGUGUGUGUGUGUGUGUGUGUGUGUGUGUGUGUGUGUGUGUGUGUGUGUGUUUCUUUAAUCGGUGCAGCUGCUGCAGCCCUCGUGCACGGCGCCCCUCUCUGUCUGCGGUGCGCCUGCGUGCUGAAACACACCGAGAGACCGAGCGUCCGCUGCCUGGGCCGCCAGCAGCAGCGAGAGACCGGGGCUGGCUGCUGUGUACUGGACGGUAACGGGAACUGCGGCCAGUAACGGGAGCGGGACCAGUAACGGUGACGUGAUGUGAUACGAUGCCGCGCGGGAUCACGGUAACGUAAGAACAGCAGCAGCAGCGGAGGAGUAGGAGGACUGUCGAGGCUCCACCGAGGAGGAUGCAGCACUGACCGACUGAUCGGUACCGGGAGGAGGGGAACACAUCCGUCCGUCCAACGGCGAGACCACCCGCCUACCGGGGAGCCUGGACCGGUCCGAUCUGAUGUAAACCCGCAGGGAUGGACGGGUAGGCAGGGAGGAGGCGCGAGGAGCGGAGCAACCGACGGUACAUAACGGAGGAGAGAGCGCGAGGAGGAGGAGGAGGAGGAGGAGGGAGGCGGAGGAGCAGCGCGAGGAGGAGGGAGGAUGAAUCCGGUGGAUGGAGGAGGAGAAGCGGGCCCGGACGGCCUGGCGACGGCAGGAUCUGGUAAAGCAGAGUGUGUUCGGGCGGUCGACGUCCUGACGGUGCUCAGAGAGAAAGUGGCCUUUGUGUCGGGUGGACGGGACAAACGUGGCGGACCAAUCCUGACCUUCCCUGCCAGGACCAAUCAUGAUCGAAUAAAACAGGAAGACCUCAGCCGAUUGGUCACUUACCUGUCGACCAUACCCAGUGAGGACGUGCGUGCUCGUGGCUUCACGGUGGUGGUGGACAUGCGCGGCAGUAAGUGGGACAGCGUGAAGCCGGUUCUACGGACGCUGCAGGAGUCGUUUUCCUCCAACAUCCACACGGCGCUGCUCAUCAAACCAGACACCUUCUGGCAGAAACACAAGACCAACCUGGGCAGUGCCAAGCUCAGCUUCGAGACCAGCCUGGUGUCGGUGGAGGGUCUGUCCCGGCUCGUCGACCCCUCCCAGCUGACCUCUGACCUCGGUGGCUCGUUGGAGUACGACCACGUGGAGUGGACCGAGCUGCGUCUGGGUCUGGAGGAGUUCUCGGGGGCUGCCACGCAGCUGCUGGCCCAGCUGGAGCAGCUGGAGGCCGGGCUGAACCGUAUACCAGAGCCCCAGGACGUGGACGAGGCCCGCAAGCUUCUCGAGGAACACGGUCGCCUCCGUAACACCAUCGCCACGGCACCAGUCGAUGCUCUCGAGCGAGAGGGGCGGAGCUUGCUCCAGCGAAUGCGGCUGGGCCCCGCCCACAGUGACGCCUCUACUGAAGGCGGCGGCAGUAGCCACGGCAGCUGGCUGUCGGGUGGGGCGGAUUUCCAGAGUGUCGUGCCGAAGGUUUCGUCUCUGCUGGACCGUCUGCAGGCGGCUCGCAGUCACCUGCUGCAGAGCUGGAGCGACAGGAAGCUGCACCUGGACCAGGCGCUGCAGCUACACCUGUUCGAGCAGGACGCCACCAAGAUGUCGGAGUGGAUCGCUCACAGUAAAGACCUGUUCGUGCAGAGUCUGGCGGAGGUCGGCCAGAACCACCAGCACGCCAUCGACCUCCAGACGCAACACCAGCACUUCACCGCCAACUGCAUGAACGGUAGCGUGAACGUGGACAGCGUGGUUACCGUGGCAGCGAGGCUGGCAGAGGCCGGUCACUAUGGGGCGGAGCGGAUUGCCAUGGUGUCGUCACGGUUACAGGAAGACUGGAAGUCCCUGACGACGGCGCUGGAGGAGCGCAGCAACACGCUCGCAAUGGCUACCGGCUUCCACCAGGGGGCAGAGCAGUUCCUGCUCAGGGUGGAGGGGUGGGUUCAGGCGUGCUCUGAAGGGUCGUUGCCGUCGGCGACGGCCGAGCUAGAAGCUGCGACAAAGAAACACCAGGAACUGAACGAGGAGGUCUCUGCUAACUACACACAGGUCAGUGAGAGUGGUAAAGCCUUAUUGGACGUCCUCCAGCGUUGCCCGGCGACAGACUCUGAUGACUCGGCGACCAAACCAGACUUCACUGCCGCCACGCACGGCAUCAUGGGAGUUCUGCACCAGGUCAUGCAGGGUCACCAUGAGGUGGAGGGGGCGUGGCAGCACCGUAAGCUCCGCCUCCACCAGCGCCUGCAGCUGUGUGUGUUUCAACAGGAUGUUAGACAGGUGUUGGACUGGGUGGAGCAGCACGGCGAGGUUUUCCUGAACAAGCACAGCGGCGUGGGGAAGUCUCUGCACCGAGCGCGAGCGCUGCAGAAACGCCACAACGACUUCCAGCAGGUCGCACAGAACACAUACACUAAUGCAGAGAAGCUCCUGGAAGCAGCCGACCAGCUGGGUCAGUCCGGAGAGUGCGAGGAGGAGGAGAUCUACCAGGCGGCCAGAGACCUGGAGCUCCGCAUGCAGGCGUUCAUCCAGCGAGUUGAACAGAGGAAGCUGCUGCUGGACCUCGCUGUGUCCUUCUACACACACACCAAGGAGCUGUCAGUCUGGAUGGAGGGCCUUCAGAAGCAGCUCUCCUCAGAUCUCUGUGUUUGUCCGGACUCCGUUGAGGCUCUGCAGGCUCUCAUCAGCCAGCAGCAGCAGCAGCAGGCCAACACACAGGAAGCUGCGAUGAGUGUCAUCCGGGAAGGAGAAGACCUCAUCCUGCAACUCAGGCCCCAGGGCAGCUCGGUGGCCCAUGUGGAGUCAGUGCUCCAGCAGCUGGAGGAGGCUCACGUUCAGCUGGAGGAACUUUUCCAUCAGAGGAAGAUCCGACUGGAUGUUUACCUGCAGCUCCGCAUCCUGCACCAGUGCACACUGGAGGUAACCGGGGAAAUGGACGCCUGGAAGCAGGACCUCCAGAAACAGUCCCAGGACUUCUCCGCGGAGAAGCUAGCAUCACCGCGACUAGCCGACGGCAACCAGGACAAGCUAGCAUUGGGCCAGACGCGGCUAGUGGAGGCUAGCCCUGAGGUGCUAACGCUAGCACAACAGCGCAUCCACAGGCACAUGGAACGAAGGCUGGCUAUGAACAAUAUGAUCUACGAGGUCAUCCAACAAGGUCACGACCUUCAGCAGUACAUCACUGAGGUCCAGGCGUCAGGUAUCGAGCUGUCGGAGGCAGAGGGGGGUCUCUCCUCUCAGGUGGAGGAGCUGCAGCGCCUCCUGCAGGACAAGCAGAAGGAAUUGCAGCAGAUUGCAGAUCACACGCACACGCACCUGGAGCAGAACCUGCAGCUGAGACACCUGCAGAGCCAGGUCAAACAGGUGCUGGGUUGGAUCUCGGAGGGGGAGGUCAUGCUGUCGUCCUGCAUGUUGAACUCCAGCUGUUUAUCUGAAGCUGAGCAGCUGCAGAGGGAGCACGAGCGCCUCCAGCAGGCCAUAGAGGCUCUGCUCCACGCAGACUCCCUGCAGAGGACCCAUCAGGUGGCUCUGGCUCUGCAGCAGAGAGCGGAGCUGCUGGUCAGGUCAGGUCACUAUGAUCCAGAUGCAGUGAGGUCUUGUGCCCAGACGGUGGCGCUGCACUGGCAGACCCUGAUGCUGAGGAUUGAAGACAGACUCAAACUGGUCAACGCCUCCGCAGCCUUCUACAGGACAUCCCAGCAGGUGUGCGGGGUGCUGGAGAGCCUGGAGCAGGAGUACCGCAGGGAGGAGGACUGGUGCGGAGGUGGGGACAGGCAGCCGGAGCAACUCAUGCCGCUCAUCAACAAACACAUGGAGCAGAAGGAGGCGUUCCUGAAGGCCUGCACGCUGGCCAGAAGAAACGCUGAAGUUUUCCUCAAGUACAUCCACCGCAACAGCGUCACCAUGGCGAACAUCUCGGGCCACAGCGUCACCGUGUCUGGGGUAACGGGGGUCACCGAGGUCACCGGGCACUCCAGGGUACCGGAGCAGCAGGUCAAAGGUAUCCUCAGUGAGCUGCUCCAGAGGGAAAACCGAGUUCUUCAUUUCUGGACUCUGAAGAAACGUAGACUGGAUCAGUGCCAGCAGUACCUGAUGUUCCAGAGCCACGCCCAGCAGGCUCUGGAUUGGCUGCAGCAGUCAGGUGACCACUACCUGGCCACGCACACGUCGCCAGGGGCAACGGUGGCUGAGACGCAAGAACUGCUGAACCAGCACAGAGAGUUCUGUGUGUCCGCCAAGCACACGCAGGAAAAGGUCCACCUGCUCAUCCAAUUGGCUGAGAGCAUGCUGGCUAAAGGCCACGGCCACCGCACAGAGCUCCGCCGCUGCGUUUCCACGGUGGAUAAACGCUACCGCGACUUCACUGUCAGGAUGGGACAGUACCGCCACCUGCUGGAGACGGCGCUCGGAGGGUGCUCGCAGGACAAUAAGGACCUGGAGCUGGAGCUCAUCCCCAACAGUCUGUCUGACUCCGACCCCGAGGUCAACCUGUCUGACCCCAGCCACCAGGUCAGCGACGAGAAGAGACGCUCCGCCCGCAAGAAAGAGUACAUCAUGGCUGAGCUCCUUCAGACGGAGAGAGUCUACGUCAGAGAUCUGCAGGAGUGUAUCGAGACGUACCUAUGGGAGAUGACGAGCGGCUCCGAGGACGUCCCUCCUGGACUCAACAACAAGGACGACAUCGUGUUUGGAAACAUCCAGGACAUCUACGAGUUCCACAACAGUAUUUUCCUGAAGGAGCUGGAGAACUACGAACAGCUUCCUGAGGAUGUUGGACACUGCUUCGUUACCUGGGCUGAUAAGUUCCACAUGUACGUGACGUACUGCAGGAACAAACCGGACUCCAGUUUACUGAUCCAGCAGCACGGCGCCGGCUUCUUCGAGGAGGUCCAGAGGAGACACGGUCUAACCAACUCCAUCUCCUCAGCUCUCAUCAAACCGGUUCAGAGGAUCACCAAAUACCAGCUGCUGCUCAAGGAGCUGCUGGCGUGCUGCGAGGAGGGAAAGGGUGAGAUAAAAGAAGGCCUAGACGUGAUGCUGAGCGUCCCGAAGAGAGCGAACGAUGCUAUGCAUGUUAGCAUGCUGGAAGGUCUGGAGGAGGGUCUGGAGGUGCAGGGCGAGCUCCUCCUCCAGGACUCCUUUCUGGUUUGGGAGCCAAAGUCUCUGAUCAGGAAGGGGCGGGACCGACACCUCUUCCUGUUCGAGCUGUCACUCAUCUUCAGCAAGGAGAUUAAAGACUCGUCCGGACGAACCAAAUACCUGUACAAGAGCCGGCUGAGGACCUCAGAGCUCGGCGUCACGGAGCACAUCGAGGGGGAUCCCUGUAAGUUCGCUCUGUGGGUUGGACGAACGCCGACGUCCGACAACAAGACGGUCCUGAAGGCGGCGUCGCUGGAGCUGAAGCAGGAGUGGGUCCGCAGCAUCCGACAGGUGAUCCAGGAGAGGCGGGGCCACCUGCGGGGGGCGCUGAGGGAGCCCAUCCCCCUCCCCAAGACACCAAACCCCACCCUGGGUCGACAGCGCAGCAUCAGCCGCAGGGAGACCAGCGAGGACGCAGACAGUCUGGGUGAUGCCAGCAGUCAGCCCGACACCGUCUCCAUCGCCUCCCGAACAUCGCAAAACACCGCAGACAGCGACAAGCUGUCCGGAGGCUGUGAGUUAGUCGUGGUGUUAUUGGACUUCUCCUCCGGGGGACCAGGAGAGCUCAGCGUCCGCUGUGGUCAGACCGUGGAGCUGGUGGAGCGCUCAGCCGAACGGCCCGGGUGGUGUCUGGUCAGGACGACAGAACAAACGCCCCAGCAGGAGGGUCUACUGCCGAUGAGCGCCCUCUGUCUGUCACACUCCCACAGUGCAGCCGACAUGGAGGGGCUCAUCCCGGCUUCCACCACCUCCUCCAGCACAUCGUCUACGAGCACCACCACCUCCUCCUCCUGCAACUCCUCCUCCACCACCACCACCUCCUCCUCCAACAGCUCCAACUCGUCCUCCACUCUGAACGCCGGGAGGGAGUCCGGUCUGUAUGGCUCUGAAGGUUCGGGACUCCAGGCUCAGACCGGCCAAAGUGCCACCUCCCCCACGGUGUAUGGAGUGGGCGGGGCUCCAGGGGGCGCCGCUGGCUCUCCGGGGCCGAAACGCACUGUCUCUGGAACCGGAAACACCCUGAAGCGCUGGCUGACGAGUCCCGUCCGGAGGCUGAGUCAGGGGAAGGCCGACGGGCAGAAGAAACCGUCAAUCAGGACCAGGAGGCGGGACAACAGGCCGGAGCUCACCACGCCCCUCGCUGGCAACGCACAGACGAAGGCGAGGAAGGAGGAGGCAGGGCAGAGCGGAGGGGAGGAGGAGCCAGAGGAGGAAAGCCACACCCUUCUACCACCUCCCAUGCAGAUCAUCAAAGACCCGAACAACCCCGAGGCUCUGGAUUCAGAUCAGGGCUCCAACGAGUCGGACACUGAACAGCGGAAUAAAGCGCUGAGAGGACGCAUGUUUGUGGUUAACGAGAUGAUCCAAUCAGAGAAGGACUACGUGAAGGAUCUGGGUGUGAUUGUGGAGGGCUUCAUGUCCAGGUUGGAGGUUAGAGGGAUUCCAGAGGACAUGAGAGGAAAAGACAAGAUCGUCUUCGGAAACAUCCAGCAGAUCUACGACUGGCACCGCGACUUCUUCCUGGUGGAGUUGGACCGUUGUGUCCAGAAUCACGACCUGCUGGCCGACCUCUUCAUCAGACAUGAGCGUCGUCUCCACAUGUACGUGGUUUACUGCCAGAACAAGCCGAGGUCAGAGUUCAUCGUCAUCGAGUACGAGAACUUCUUUGAGGAGAUCCAGCAUGAGAUCAGCUGCAGGAUGUCGAUCAGUGAUUAUCUGAUCAAACCCAUCCAGAGAAUCACCAAGUACCAGCUGCUGCUGAAGGAUUUUCUCAAGUACACGUCCAAAGCAGGACUGGACUGCGAAGAGAUCGAGAAAGCGGUGGAGCUGAUGUCCCUGGUACCGAAACGCUGCAACGACAUGAUGAACCUGGGACGCCUGCAGGGAUACGAGGGGAAGUUGACGUCUCAGGGGAAGCUGCUGCAGCAGGAGACGUUCUGUGUUUGGGAGCAGGAUGGAGGAGUUCUGUCUCGCAGUAAAGAGCGAAGAGUGUUCCUGUUCGAGCAGAUUGUCAUUUUCAGCGAACUGCUGCGUAAAGGCUCCAACAACCCGGGAUACCAGUUCAAGAACAGCAUCAAGGUGAGUUACCUGGCGAUGCAGGACAGCGUAGACGGGGAUCCCUGUAAGUUCGUGUUGUGGUCUCGCGGCUCGGCGGAGCGCUUCACGCUGCAGGCGUCCUCCACCAGCAUCAAGAUGACCUGGGUGGAGACCAUCGCCACCCUGCUGGACGCCCAGAACAACUUCCUGUCAGCUCUUCAGUCUCCCAUUGAGUACCAGAGGAAGGAGGGCGGGAUCUCUGUGACCCGCCCUCUAUCGUCAGGGCGACCUCCGUCGGCCCCGCCCACGCCCAACGGCCACGCCCCUCAGCCUCCUCCAGACAGCGAGCAGGACGACCAGGAGCUGGUGCUGGUGCUGCAGGACUUCGUGGCGGUGCGGGAGGACGAGAUCUCAGUGUUUCGGGGGGAGAAGGUUCAGAUCCUGGCGUCCAACCAGCAUGGUCAGAGUCUGGUCUACCGGCCGGCCAACAGUGACUCGCCGGCCGCCGAGGGCUGGGUGCCGCGCAGCGUGCUCAACACACACUGACACACACACACACACACACACACACACACACACACUGACAGCAGGGUUCGUUUACACACACACACACUGACAAUACUGCUCACUUACAGGGCCAAAGGCAUGCUGGGAAAUUACUUUAUGACUCUGUGGAGCCUUAAGAUGGUCAGUUACUCAAAAAAUGUAAUCUAUUACUUGUUACUCUUUUAAAAAGUAAUAUUACUUUACUUAUUACUCCCAACAGCAAUUAGGAGAAAUACAUUUGUCACAGUUAAGAAGUUAAAACCAGAAAGUGUUUGUGCUUAAUCAAUAAUCAAAUCUUUCUAUUUACGUAGAUCAACUAAACUAAAUGUGCUCUGCUGGCCCCUACAGGCAGGGAUAACACACACAGGUGUAAAGACAUCCUGCUAGUGUCCUCUAGAGGGAGCCCUUCCAAUCCACCAGACUCCAUUGAUAAAAACACGGAUUUUACCUCACAGAACAAGGGAGUUUUUCUGCUCUACCGCUGCCUCCAUCUGUUAGUCUGUGUGAUUGUGUGACUUUAGUGUUUUAACACUUUAAUUUGGAUCCGACUGAUCACUGUAGUCACUGUGGAUCGAGGCGGCAGUAGACCAGACUCUCCUGUGUUCUGUGAGGUAAAGUGACUGUUUUUGUCAAUGGAGUCUGGUAGCUUUGGAGAGAGCUGUCUGACAGCGAGGUAAAGUGGACAAAAUAUUCUAAACAAAGCGUAAACUGAUUUAUUAAAAUAGCUUACAUUAUGCUGCCACAGAAGAACUCACAAACUAUAUUUUUGGCGUUUUUUCUGUGAAUUUCUUGCAUUUUUCCUCCUUAUGAAAUUUAAAAGUUGUUUAUUGUUGUUGUUAUUGUCAUUCUCUAGUGAUAGUUUAUGCUACAAAGCGCCAGAUAAUAGUGAAAAAUGCCCAUGGCAACUCCAAGUUGGCGUCUUACAAUUGUUUUUUUGGACAAAUGAACACUGCAGAACUAAAAUAUAUUUCAUUUUACUUUAGUACGUAAACCGACUUUAGGAUGAGUGAGUUUCUUCUGAUUAAAAUCAAACAGAUAUCCAACUUUAUGUUUCUCUAUCCUUAACUGAGUAAUUAUUGUGUGGCCCCUCAGAUUAAUGUUGCGACCCUUGAGAGGGCCCCCAACCGUCCUUUAGGCUCCACAUUCAUAACUAAUGAGAGCACAGUUCAGGCCCUGACUGACGCCAGUAUCACACACACACCCACACACACUCCAGCAGCAGGUACUGUUACUCUCCUCCCUCCUUCCUGGUGCUUCAACAUUCAGCCAAAACGCCGCACUCACCUCGGCCAAUCAGACGCCGCCGCCACGGUCGGCCUCCAGUUUACUGCCCCGAGCAACCACUCUGAUGACAUCACAAACUGUUUCCUGUGGGUCAGCGGGAGGGAGACCACGCCAUCAUCACCACCACCGCCAUCGCCGACAGACUGGGAUUCCAGGAAGCUGCGGUUGCCUAGCAACAAGAGACAAUUUAAAAAAAAGAAAAGAAAAAAAAAGAACUUCCUGGAAGAAGAAGAGGUGAAACGACCCGUCAGCCAAUCAGAACUGAGCUCUGUCUGUGUGUCAUCCUGUUAAUAGUGUGUAUAAACAGACUGAGGACACACACACACACACACACACACACACACACACACACACACAGACCACUGCAACGAUGAUGAAGAUGAUGAAGAUUAAUUAUGAUAAUUAAGAGUAAUAGAGUCUGUUUUUCACCUCAAAUAGAGAAAAAAACUGUUUGUCAUAUUAAUGUUUGUGUGUGAGAGAGAGAGUGUGUGUGUGUGUGUGUGUGUGUGUGUGUGUGUGAGUGAGUGUGUGUGACAGCGCGUGUGAGUGUGUGUGUGUGUGUGUGUGUGAGUGAGUGUGUGUGUGACAGCGCGUGUGAGUGUGUGUGUGUGUGUGUGUGUGUGUGUGUGUGUGUGUGUGUGUGUGUGUGACAGCGCGUGUGAGUGUGUGUGUGUGUGUGUGUGUGUGUGUGUGUGUGUGUGUGUGUGUGUGACAGCGCGUGUGAGUGUGUGUGUGUGUGUGUGUGUGUGUGAGUGAGUGUGUGUGACAGCGCGUGUGAGUGUGUGUGUGUGUUUGUGUGUGAGUGUGUGUGUGUGACAGCGCGUGUGAGUGUGUGUGUGACAACGUGUGUGAGUGUGUGUGUGUGUGACAGCGUGUGUGUGUGUGUGUGUGUGUGUGUGACAGCGCGUGUGAGUGUGUGUGUGUGUGUGUGUGUGUGUGACAGCGUGUGUGUGUGUGUGUGUGUGACAGCGCGUGUGUGAGUGUUAGUGUGUGUGUGUGACAGCGCGUGUGUGAGUGUGUGAGUGUGUGUGUGUGUGUGUUAGUGACACUGUCCCGUGUGUGUGUGUGAGUGUGUGUGUGUGACAGCGGGUGUGUGUGUGUGUGUGUGUGUGUGUGACAGCGCGUGUGUGAGUGUUAGUGUGUGUGUGUGACAGCGCGUGUGUGAGUGUGUGUGUUAGUGACACUGUCCUCUGUGUGUGUGUGUGUGUGUGUGUGUGUUUUUUCCACGGACAGUUAGGUGGUGUCCCGGUGUAGCGUUGCCAUGACGACUCGUGUUUUUUGCGGUGACACCCAGUUGUUUUUUAUUUUGGUCUUUUUUUUUAGAGAACCAGAGCUGACACCGCCCCCCCCCUCUCCACCGCCGUUACCAUAGCAACCGGUGGCGGAGCCAACAUGGCGGCGUGCGGCUCCGGUUAGUUUGGAUAUUCUGAUUAUGCAUCUCUUGUUUCUGUAUAUAGACCAGACCUCCAACUGCUACUCCCACCAACUCCAACGGAAACUGUCUGUCUCUCUGUCCGCCCCGUCUGUCUGUGCGACAGACAGACAGCAGCCUGUCUCUCUAUCUGUCUCUCUCUCUACCUCUCUGUCUCUCUCUCUGUCUCUCUCUCUACCUCUCUGUCUCUCUCUACCUGUCUCUCUCUCUACCUCUCUGUCUCUCUCUCUCUGUCUCUCUGGUGCCAUUCUCAGACAACACCCCGGUCCUUAAGGAGCCACUUCGGUGCACUACGGAGGGCGUAGGGAGAGAAAUAGCAAACUAUGAAGGGUUUAAGGUGGAAUUGCUGCCUUCAGGUGGAACUCGGUGUGUAUUUGACAAUAUGCUCGGUGGUGGUAAAAACAACAUGGAGCUUCUCAUGUGUGUUAUCAUUUACCGCCUUUACAUUGUGAACUUUGUGGACGUUAAACGUGCAUUAACGGUGCCGCAGCGUGGGAUCAUGGGAGCUUCAGUUAGGAGUCCUAAUAAAGAAUAGAAUAAAGCAGUUCCACCUUAAAAAUCACUGCUUCCCCACGCUGUUGGGCAGACAAAGACCUUUUUCUAAAUAUAGGACUGAAACGUGUGAAACUAUAAAAGAAACGGACAGAACAGGAAACCUGAACAGUCACUGACCUGUUGAGAUAACUCGGCAUGUAAAGACAUAAACACACAUGAGAAACUGUACAAUGGAUUAUGCUAAGCCCCGCCCCUUUUCGCUCUGUGCUCCAAUCACAGUUGAGCAGGCCUCAGUCAUCUUCCUCCUUUCCUGUACUUAGAUAUGCUACAUGCUAGGCUAAUCUUUGUUGAAAAGACAGCCACAUUUUGAAGAUGGUUAAAAGAUAAAAGAGACAUUUAUAUAUAUAGUUGCAACUAGCUAGGCAAUCUAUCCGAUGAUGGACGUAGAUUAACCAGGAAAGUAUAAACUCGACCGAGGUUCCAAAAGGGGCGGGACUGAGGAUGGUAAAGUUUUAGCCAGCCAGCUCGCCGUGACGUCCCAAGGUGCAUCGCGGCGAGGACACACCGCUGUCGCAUUUAAAUGUCGUGGGAGUUACCGUAAUUAGUUCCUGACAUGUAAAUGUUCACGCCAACAUCCAUUUAAACGCUCGGAUAUCCAACCCGGCACUAAACGAUACAGAAGUGCCUGAAAAAGCAAACAAACAUGGACGCCUGCAGUCCAGUGUUAACGGAUAGAGAACUUUAUUGACCGCGCACAGUAUUUCUAACCCUCGUACAAACAACUCUGCAAUCACAAACUUGUCUUAACAGCCAGUGAACAAAAGCGUCUUUCCCAUCCCACAUAACAUGAACACGGCAUUUAUCAGCUGAAUGACACUAAAAAAUGGACGCUACCUUGUUCCUUUUUAAUGAAUGGAAAAUGUUUUUGUCUUCAACAUGUCAAUGUUGUGAUCGGGAAUGCAAAAAAUUAAUAAACCAAGAAAAGUAACGUUUACGGGGUCCAACAUUAAAAAAGAAAAAACACGUCUGCAACUUGUGAACUCGGAGUGCACCGGAAGGAUUUAAGAUGGUGAUGAUAGGGCACUUUUAAGGAGGAAAGGAGUGCUUUAUAAAGAGUUUAAGGUGGACUGUAGUGCACUAUGAAGGGUUAGGGUGCAUGAAAGUGCACUGAGGAAGAGUUUAAGGUAAAAGUGGCACACUAUUAAGAGUUCAGCUCAAACAUAGUGCACUAAGCAGGGUUUAAGGUGGAAAGUAGUGCACUACGGAGGGUUUAAGGUGGAAAGUAGUGCACUACGGAGGGUUUAAGGUGGAAAGUAGUGCACUACGGAGGGUUUAAGGUGGAAAGUAGUGCACUACGGAGGGUUUAAGGUGGAAAGUAGUGCACUACAGAGGGCGUAGGGUGCUGUUUGAGACCUAGCCCUGUUGCCGAUCGGCAAACUCAACUAACCAAUCAAACAGUGUUAUUUGUACAGAACUAACAGCUGCUAACUGACUGCUAACAGCUCUCUGUCGUUGUUUGUAAUAAACUUCAUUUUUCAUCCAAAA